CAAAACUUGGUACAGGUUUCUUCCUAUAGAAGUAAGCUGUGAGCAAUCUUGAUAUUGACAUUUUGCAUUUAAAUUCGAAAUUUCAGUCAUACUUCGUAAACUAACCUUCCUGUCAGUGUCAACUAUACAAAUAAUUCAAAUGUCAAAAGUAGUCAAAACAAAGCGGCCCGCCGCAGCUGUGCGUACAAUUUUAUUUGAGGUUAUAUCAAUCAAAGCAAAAAGCUAUUGUGUUUUAAUUUACGUUCUUUAGCACUAAGAAGUUUGAAACAAAGUACAUAAAUAUUAACAAUGCUGUGUCCGGAAGUCUGUAACUUCCCGCCACCAAAAAUCAUGGUAACACAUAAAGAAAAUAUGGAUUUCAUGUCGGUCAAAGACUUUUUGCUAAGGAAUUAUUACUUCAAGAGUUUAAUAGUUACCUGCCCCGACGAAAUAAAGACACCUAGCUUCAUUCAAGAUGUAGUCACAGAAGAUACCGAUUAUUAUAAGUUAACAAAUUGUUCAUUGACAGAAUUUGUAGAACCAACUUUUAUAGAAUGUUUCGUGAAAACUGGCAAGAUACACUGUUUGAGUGUGGGUCGGAAUUGUGUGAUAGAGAAUUGUGUUGCGAUCACCCCAGAUGGACAUCUCGUACUGCACGUACUUGAUUAUACUUUCCAAACAUUAGGAUUAGAAGGAACAAAGAGACCUUACAAUUACUAUGAAGUGAAAAUAGAUCUUAAAACCAUAACACACUAUAGUAAAGUAAGGUCAGGAUUAGAUAAGUUAAAACUGUUUGAUUUAAACAUAACUUGGGAGCCAAACAAUGAAGAUAUUUGCCCAUCAUCAAUAGCAAAAUACUUCAGUGACAGAAAUGUAAAUAUAUCAGUGCAUUCAUUAAAAUCAAGAAGUGUAUCACCAUUUGUUAACGAAAUACCAGUUUUAAAAGAUGUAGAUAUUGAAGAGAUGGUUGAAUGGGUUGGUUUGCUUGCUCAUGAUGUUGAUAUAACUCCAACAGAGCAGUAUAUCAGUAUGUACAGUCAGCCUGACAGUGACUAUGCUUUAAAAACUGGAAGAAUAUCCAUUUUAAUAGUAAAAGGUUUUAUAACACCUACUGUGGUUAGUCAGGUGUGUGAAAAGGUAGCUGAGUAUGUGGGUACUAGGGAGAUGGAUAACUACUGGGCCAGUGUGAGUGUUCAGAGUGAUGAGAACAGUCUUUGGAAGUGGAAGACUGGCAGCACAAGAAUGUUUCAAGCACAGGACAGUUGCUGUUCUGCCUUCUUCACAAAUAAUGGGCAUGUUGUGUAUUCAGUUGGUGAAUUAAAGUAUUCAUGAUAUAAUAAAA